UUUCUAAAAGUUGCAUUAAAUAUUCCUGAAUCUAAUAUCACUGCUGUAAAAUGCAGCCGAUUGAAGGGAGAUUAAUAAUAAUCAUCCAGGGAAAUUAAUGGGGGAAAAGACUGAAAUGCAUCCUUUAAAUAAUACAAUUAAAACCGUUAUCAAGUUUAGAAUAAUAGAUAAUAAUAUUACGACAGAGAUUUGUCGUUUUGGGGGAGUAAAGCGAUAAUUCAGGAAAUUCCGGGAGAGAAAAAUAUUGUUAUAAUGUAAUAUGUUAACUCACUUUUGCAUCCAAGAGACAUAAAGUCCCCACAGUGACGGUUGUAGCUAAUACUAUAGAGACAAUUUCCUCUUUAAUUAAUGAUGGUAUUCGUUAUUAAUCCCUUAGUUAAUAGAAUAAUUAAGUAGUCAAACGGGACAUUUUCACCUUAAACAUUGUUUAACAGUGGAUUUAAGAGCAUGAAAUUAUGUCAGCUGCAAGUUAUAGAAAGCUUUAAAAAGUUUGACAUUUUUCAAAUGAAUUUUUGAUGCGGACCACUCCCGACACGGCGCAGGUUUUUUUUUCUUUUGGUUAAAAACACAGUUAGAUCCAUUAUUUCUCACGAAACGCUCAAGUUAUUAUAAUAAACAGACAAUAUACCUAGAUGUAUAUACAUGAUAUCAGCCUCAAAUGUUGAGUAAACUGUAUAAACGAAAUGGUUAUUCCACCAUCAGUGAAGCUUCAUGAGCGCACAGAGCGCUCUAACAGAAGUCCUCUCAUGGUUCAUGAGGUCCAUCCUGACGUUGACAUAUUUCAAUAAUGAAAGCGCCUAACUCAAUGUGUUUCAGGAAAUCGAUUUAUCAUUCAAUUAGUCUUUUUCUGUGGGUUACCCAUAAUCGUUUUGUUUGUUAACUGUAAGUAAUUGGAUGUGAGUGAUGCUCCUUGUAUUGAUAUCCGUUUCUAAUAAAAAACAGAUUUAUUAAGUUUCAUCAGUGAGUUCAGCCUGUCAGGUUAAGCUCCUCAUGCAGUAGAAUUAGCUUCAUAUAGGCGCUGAUUUAUGUUUUAUAGAUGCGAUAUCUGUCAACAUAAAACUGCCCCAUGUCGUAAUUUAUUCAACGACCCCCUCCUCCUUCUCCUCUCUCUCUCUCUCUCUCUCUCUAUAUAUAUACACACACACACACACACACACACACACACACACACACAUUCACACACAGCCUGUGUCUUCCCCAUUAUCAAUCUUGAUGUGUGUCCUCUCUUGUAGACCCUCUGUUUGCCUCUGUACAGAUAUGUCUGUACAGUAUGUGUGAUAUGGCAUGCCACUGCUGUCAUGACAUCCUCAUAAGUCUGAUUAUGGAGAUCUUCUUAUUUUCACUUGAAGGUCUGCGGGCUCUACUGUGGAUUAAGAGAAUUGUGUGAACUGAUGAGAAUGCUGAUGAAACCUUUUCGAAAAACACUGGAUAGACUCAGUAUCCACAGUGGAAAGAAAAAAAAACACCCUUUUCCUUUAAAACGUUUUAUUUCUCUCAUUGUCCCCUAUUGAAUGGCUGAAUAGGUUAUAAUUGGCCUACAGUGCAUCAGGGGCUUCAUCCUUCAGGGAGUACAAGCGCUGUGCCCUUUGGUGCGCCGGAUAAAUAACAUCAAAAUGACACAGUUAACCAACCCCCUGGUUACUUGUUAUUAGACACUCUCAACUAAUAAAAUUUUCAUAAAUCAUAAACCAGGCGGGAAAUAUAAAACACCACUUUGAUUCCUGGCUGCAACUGGUCGUUAUUGAACACCAAGUCUUCAGUUUUACUUGUUUUUAAAUCAGUCAACUUUCUUGCAAUGUCCAUAAUACACCUGCAGACAAGGCGAGUUGUGUUGCACCUAUUUGUUUUACACACACACACACUCUUGGGAAUUCAUUGUUAAUGUGGUCUGUUUUGACGCCCGCAUACAUGCUGAAACAUAUUCCACAGGGAAAUCAAGGUGGAAUGAGGAACUGGGUGGGGUGGAGGGGCUCGGCAGCUGAGCUCCUAUGAGCCACUGUGCAGAUAAAGUUGUCAUAUCUGUCUGUAGCUUGCUUAUGUCUAAUGAGCAUCAGUCCGACCGCCUCUUACUUCCAGGUGUCCUAAUACCGAGGUAUUUUACAUAUUGGGCUUUGCAACGAGCCACUUUGCAAAUCAAAUACAACCAGUGAAUCAACAGAUUUGGCUACAGUGUUUGAUUUCUGCUCUCAUUACUGGAAGUGUCUUCUGGCUCUGCAGAAAGAAAGGAAAGCUAAUUUGUUUGCUCGGGUUGAGUAAACAUCUCUGAGUUGAAGAUAAAAAUACACAGGAGGCGAUGCACCCAGAGAUGAUGAAACCACAUAUUCCCCUGUUGGCCCAGGAUCAAAUCUCAUCUGGAUCGCAUCUCUCGCAGCUCCUCCGUUCUGUGUCCCUCUCAUCUUUCUCUGCUGUCUCUGUCAGGUCCUUUCAAUUCCAUUGCUUCAAAGCUGAAGAAGGAAGCAACUCCAGUUCUUUUUGCUAAUUAUAGAGCAUUUGCUGUCAAUUAUUUUUAUUAACCUAGAUAUGAAAUUCUGGAUAUGAAGCAAAAUCUCACACCUCCUAAAUUGGCCAAACUAUGAUCUCUACACAAAAUAUUUGAAAUGACUGGACUGCGCUCUCCUCUGAAAGGUAAUGGCUACAUUGAGGGGAAGGAGCUGGAGAACUUCUUCAGGGAGUUGGAGAUGGCCCGGAGAGGAGCAGGGGUGGACCCCUCAAACCCCAUAUUCAGAGAAAAGAUGAAGGACUUCAUGCAGAAGUUUGACAAGAACAAAGAUGGAAAAAUUGAGAUGUCAGAGCUGGCCCAGAUUCUCCCAACUGAAGAGAACUUCCUGCUCUGCUUCAGACAGUUUGUCAGCUCCAGUGCUGAGUUUAUGGCGGCAUGGCGGCGAUAUGAUACAGACCGCAGUGGCUAUAUUGAGGCAAAUGAAUUGAAGGGCUUUCUGUCAGACCUGCUGGAGAAGGCUAACAGACAUUACGAUGACCAGAAGCUUCAGGAGUACACACAGACCAUACUCAGGAUGUUUGAUCUGAAUGGAGAUGGGAAGUUGGGCCUGUCAGAGAUGGCAAGGCUUCUCCCUGUUCAAGAGAAUUUCUUACUCAAAUUCCAGGGUGUCAAGUUGACCAGUGAGCAGUUCAAUGCCAUCUUCACAUACUAUGACAAGGAUGGCAAUGGCUACAUUGAUGAGCAGGAGCUGGAUGCUCUGCUACGAGAUCUUUACCAGACAAACAAGAAGGAGGUGGACUUGAAGAACCUGACGGGCUACAAGCAGAGCAUCAUGAGCCUGUCUGACGGAGGGAAGCUCUACCGUGGCGAGCUGGAAAUCGUCCUCUGCAGGGAGCCAAUUGUGUGACUUUUCCCCCCUCUCUUGUUGCAUAUCAUAAUUCUCUCUCCCUGCCCUGCCCCGCUCUCCUGAGACCACACCCACUUCCAGCUGCCUGGCAACAUAUACCAGGUGCAUGUGCCGGACACCCUCCUUCUCUCUCUCUCUCUCUCUCUCCCUCCCUCCUCCCUCCCUAUCAUUCCUCCAUCGCCCGCCCUAAAGUUACAACUUCAGAUAAGUGCACUGUCAGCACAAAAUUUUCUGCAACCUGAACUCUCAACCUCAACUAUGACCUGUCUGAAACCUCUAGCUUUUUAUCCUCAGACCAUCCUGUCAACUCUUCCCCCGUGUCCUUUCUGACCUCAUCCUCAUCCCUGCUGUUCAUGCUGUGCCUGUCUUGCAACUCCCGAACAAAAGGCCAGAUCCUGUAUUCCACAGAAAUGACCCUUUGACCUGCUGAUAAUCCCUGAACCUUGACCCCCCCACCCACAGCCCCCUUCAUUCCCUCGCUCUUUCAACUUUGCAUUAGAAAAAAUAUAUAGUCAAACAAAACUGCAAACAGCUGUGUUUGAAGUGAUCUAAUUUAUAAUCUCUGAUGGAUCUGAUAUUGAUUUUCCCCCCUCUAUUCGUCCCGAAGCCCUCAUGUUCCAUUGAAACUCUUCUAUACCAUUGCCAUAAUAUGAUUUCAUUUUCAAUGUUUGUUUUUGGCUGAUACUGUCAAUUGAAAAUAUUAAUAAAAUGUCUUAAGAUAAAAUCA